GGGGCCUUCCCAUCAUAUUCCUCGGCAACCAUCACCUUUUGCGAAGUCGUGCCCACGGGCUUGGAGAGUGGGAUAUUUGUACAUUUGACAGUAUUAAAAAAUGUCUUUGCCAGAGAAAUUAUGUGGAGGAAAACCAUGGGGCCCUUGGGUUGAUUCGGACUUCACCGAUUGUUUUGAACGGAGUAUAAUUGUGUCGAUAAUACCCACGGCGUAUAUUCUCCUAGUCGGAACAUUUGCACUCCUCCGUCACGUAUUUUGGCAACGCCGGAAUCUCGAUCCUCGAGCAUAUUUACCCGUCCUUCAGAACGACCCAGGCCGCCAUGGUGCGGAUAAUGAUUAUGGUGCCGGUGACGAGAGUUAUCCCGUGUCCUCUGACGAGGAAGGGCCGAGAAGGAGGGAUAUGUGGGUCUGGAUCUGUUUGUUGGGGCUGGCGUUGUCUCAUAUUGGCGUGAGCUUGAUCGGGUAUGGCAUUGAAACUGCACAAAAUGGGAACACAGUUAACGAGAACGAGCCGUACGUAACAAUGGAAGUCAUCACUGUCACGUUCCAAUGGCUCUACGUGAACAUUAUUUUAGGAUACCUAACUGUUGCGACCUGCCCAGCCAAUCGCCCCUCACUCUACUUCCCCUGUGAAAGAUCUAAACGAAAGUCGUUAUGCUAUCUCCUGAGCUAUUUUGGACUCUUUGCCUUAUGUAAAAGUGUGCAGCUUCGUUCAGUAUGGGCGUGGUAUGGAUCUGGACAUAUGAGCAGAGCGAUCGUCAUCAUUGUUGGAGCACAAGCAAGCAUUGCGCUUGUGAUGCUUGCUAUGGGAGCAUGGAUUUCUGGAGAGCGUCUAUUGAGGAGAAGGCGACAUAUUUUUGGCGGCUUUCAGUCGGAGCAUAGGGAACCGCCAGCGUCACGAGAGACCGGAGCUUCUCUUUAUGCCAAGUUUUCCUUCUCAUGGUUCAAUAAUGUGAUUGAGCGAGGCUACCGAAAGACGCUGGACAUGAACGAUGUCCCUCAUCUGGUGGACGGGGACAAGGCUGCGAACGUGUGUGACCGAUUCAACCGAAUUCGGCUCCAGCAUAGUAGCUUACUUAGGGCUCUUUACCAUCUCGUCCGUCCGGAACUCUCAAUACAAGCUGCAUACGCGUUCGUUUCUGCCCUAUUAUCUUUCUCGGGUCCCUAUUUAUUGAAUCGUAUUCUCGCUCAUGUGUCGCGUCCCCGCGAGGAUUCUUCGCCGAAGGAAGGCCUGGCGUAUACGUUUGCUCUAUUGAUCACGGCCCUGAUACGAGCAGCAUGUGAUGGCCAAGUCUAUUUUAAUGGAAGAAGAAUUGGUACCCGUGUGCGCGCGGUUCUCAUAGGGCAAAUUUAUGGAAAGGCUCUACGCAGGCGGGCGGUGGCAGUCCCAACGAAAGAAGAGCAAGCUGGCGCGUCGACCGGUCAGAUCACUAAUUUGAUGUCGGUUGAUACGCAAAAGAUUCUCGAAGUUUCUUGCUACAUUAUGUAUCUAUGGACUGCUCCCCUACAGAUUGCUAUAUGCGUGACACUUCUGAUGGUUGUCCUCGGGUGGCCAGCUAUUGCAGGGCUUGCUGUGAUGAUAGCGAUGCUCCCAAUUGGGGCUACCUUAGGCAAGAUGGUUGCUAUGAAGCAGAAAAUGUUAAUUAAAGCCACAGACCGACGGAUUACAGCCAUGAAUGAGACCUUGCAAGGAAUUCGCAUUGUGAAAUUCUUUGCAUGGGAGACACAUUAUUUCAAUAUGCUCACAAGUUAUCGAAAUUCCGAGAUUAACCGUUUACGAGGAUACCUCUAUACUGUUGCCACGUCCCGUCUUCUUUGGUACGCUGCACCGAUUAUCGUGUCAUUCUUGACCUUCAUGACGUUCACUAUCGUCGCCCAUCGAGAGUUGACUGCCGAAAUUGCGUUCACUGGACUGGCUUUGUUUAAUGCGCUGCGGCAACCGUUGCAGCUUUUCCCAGACAUGAUCGUUCGCGUGAGUGAAGCACUCGUGAGCAUGAAGCGAGUGGAAGACUUUUUGGGAGAGAAUGAACUGGAACGAUAUCAGUCGGAAAAAGCCGAUGGCCAUCGCGCGGAGGGCGGCCCAGGCAGCGAAGAUGGAACAGAGAUCGUUGGCUUUACAGGCCCCGCAAAGUUUUCCUGGCAAGGCAAAGAUGGAGAUAGCGAUUCGAUGCAGAAGGAGUUUGUUUUGAAGGAUCUGGAAAUCACUUUCCCAGUUGGUGGCCUGAGCUUGGUAGUGGGAACCACUGGAUGUGGCAAGACAAGUUUGGUUAUGGCGCUACUAGGAGAGAUGAAUCGUCUGGCUGGCGAGGUAUAUUUGCCGGACAGUCGGUACGGGCGGCUGAAUCCUUCAACUGGUCUUACGAAUAGCGUCGCUUACGCUGCACAGCAAGCAUGGCUCAUGAACGCAACUAUUCGCGAUAAUAUUUUAUUCGGUCAACCAUAUGAUCCAGCCAAAUAUGAUCGUGUAAUUCACGCGUGCGCCUUAUUGAGAGAUUUGGAAACCCUUGAAGGCGGGGAUAUGACCGAAAUCGGCGAGAAAGGCGUAAACCUGUCGGGUGGACAGAAAGCACGAAUUUCGCUUGCGCGUGCAGCCUAUUCUCCAGCGGCAUUUGUUUUGAUGGAUGACCCUUUAUCAGCUGUUGAUGCUCCAACAGCCCGACACCUGUUUGAACACUGCAUUCUGGGACUGCUGGGCGGACGAACUCGAGUCCUCGUCACGCAUGCUGUACAUCUAUGUGUUCCCCGUGCGGACCAUGUUGUAGUGAUGCGGAGAGGAGGCAUCGCCACACAAGGUCCUCCCAGCGCGGUCGUAGGAAGAGGGCCUGGAAAAAUUGACCUUGUACCAGACGAGGAGAGGGAAGAGGGGUUGCCGACGGAUUCUCGAAGUCUGACAACUUUGUAUGAAACACCUGAGGCAGAAGUCGAGAAGUGUGACGGAGAAGGCGAUAUUAUGAGCACUGCUCCCUCCCCAGAGAUAAACGAUGCCUCAUCUAUGGAACCACUGCUCGACAUGGAGGAUGGAGACUCGGAUCCAGACCAAGACGUAGACAUUGAAUUUGAUGACGGUGCAAGCUUGGAAUCUGAUCAAGCAUUAAGACCGGCCGGUAUUCAACCUUCUCAGCGCAAGAUCCUUCGACUCACCGAAGAUGAGGCUCGCGCUGUUGGUUCCGUCAAGGGCAAAGUGUACUGGGCGUACAUUAGCGCGGCGGGUGGCUUUGUGUUCUUGAUGGCCUUGAUUUUUGCCUACCUUACCGUUCAACUAUCUACUAUUGGCCAAGAUUGGUGGUUAAAGUCUUGGGCAGCAGCUUACCGACGAGCUACCUAUCGUGUCACAAUGGGAGGUUCAGAAUCGCCGCAGAUAGUUUUGUCGGUUUUCCCGACAUAUCAUCUUGGACCUUCCUCAAAACUAGAAGACAGAAAGGGGGUCAACUAUUACCUUAUUAUCUACGCGCUGAUCGGACUGCUGACGAUGUUAACUCUGUUCAUCCGAAUCCUUGUGAAUUGCACUGGUUCCCUCCAUGCGUCGCGCCACCUCCAUAGCGCAAUGCUGGCAAGGCUCCUUCAUGCUCCGAUGCGGUUCUUUGAUACUACUCCCAUGGGACGCAUUUUGAAUAGAUUUUCGAAAGAUGUUCAGUCUUUGGAUCAAGAGGUUGCAGCGUUUGGGGGCGACUUUUUGUCAAAUACAGUUGCCGCAGUAGGAGUCGUCGCAGUUGUCGCGGUCGUCACGCCAGUGUUUUUGGGUGGUAUUGUUCCAAUUGCGCUAAUAUAUAUCUCGGUUGCCCGGUUAUACCUUCGAACCUCAAGGGAGCUGAAGCGUUUAGAGUCGACUACCCGAUCUCCUAUAUUCUCGCACUUUAGCGAAACGAUUGUGGGGGCAUCAACUAUUCGUGCAUAUGGCGCGGAAGACAAAUUCAUGAAAGAAAAUUACGCUCGUGUGGAUACCAAUCAUCGAGCGUUUUUCUACCUCUGGGUGUCGAAUCGCUGGCUUGGAGUGCGAGUUGACUUGGUUGGUGCCAUGGUUUCGUUUUGCUCGGCAGCCGCAAUUUUGGCAACCGUCCAUUGGGGCCAUGGCAUGGACCCAGGCGCUGCUGGUUUAAGUUUGAGUUACGCGUUGACAUUUACGGACUCGCUGUUGUGGGUCGUCAGAAUGCACGCGUUGAUGGAAAUGAGUAUGAACUCUGUGGAACGUAUACAGGAAUAUCUGUCUAUUGAGCAGGAGGCGCCUCCCGUCAUUGAGGGCUCAAGACCACCCGUAUCGUGGCCAGCUGCUGGAAGAGUAGAAUUUCAAGAUCUCACUGUUCGAUAUUCCGCUGAUUUGACUCCUGUUCUUCGACAUGUUAACUUUAUUGCCAAGGCAGGAGAGAAAGUCGGAAUUGUUGGGCGUACUGGAGCAGGGAAAUCUACCCUGUCCUUGGCUCUGUUCCGAUUUUUGGAAGCUUCUGGCGGACGAAUAUUGGUUGAUGAUAUUGACAUAUCGCAGAUUGGAUUGCAAGAUCUUAGGUCACGGUUGACUAUCAUUCCGCAAGACCCUAUCCUAUUCACGGGGACAGUUCGCUCCAAUCUUGAUCCAUUUUCUGAGCACACCGAUUUGCAACUAUGGACAGCGUUGCGUAGAGCGCAUCUUUUAGAUUCGCAUGCUACUGCAGUGUCCAUUCCCGGUAGAGAUGCAGCUGGAGUUAGCUGUGACGGUUCAAGCUUGACUACUAACCUGGUACAAGAUCGGACAGGAUCCUUGGUUCCCUCCCGCCACCAAAGUUUAACACCGACACCAACUCUUUCCCGGCGCGCGUCUGUCAAUUCCCUUGCUUCUGAAACCCGUACCACGAGAAGGCGUUCAUCAAACACUUCGCUUGCAUCCUAUCGCUCUGCUAACAUCCUUACCUUGGAUACCAUUGUAAGUGAAGGUGGUCAAAACUUUUCUCAAGGCCAGCGGCAGCUCCUUUGCCUUGCGCGAGCGUUGUUGCGAAGCUGUAAAGUUAUUGUGUUGGAUGAGGCAACGGCGAGUGUAGACCAUGAAACGGAUGCAAGGAUUCAGGAAACGAUUCGUACAGAGUUCCGAGGAGCGACGUUGCUUUGUGUUGCACAUCGGUUGAGGACUGUAGCCGAUUACGAUAAGAUCCUUGUUCUAUCGCAGGGAACUGUUGCUGAAUUCGGGUCACCUUACGAGCUGAUGACCAAGCCGCCCGGCCCCGAUGCAGUGUUUCGUGGCAUGUGUGAAGAGACGGGCGAGUACCCGAUUUUGGUGGAGAUGGCAAAGCGAGCCGACAAGGACCGGGGACAUUGAGCUGUUUGGUCUGUCCGGGACUAUUUUGUCUAGUACUUUUCUCUUAUCUAGCCGUUUUUUUUUUUGGUUUUUCAUCCUGUAUGCAAGUUUGCCUUUAGAACCCUUGUUUGUACUAUGUUUUUCUGUGAUAAACUAUUCUGUUCUGUCUUCUUGUUGUUGAUCAAAAAAUAAGUUGAG